AUGGAGGCGCUGUCGGCGAAGGAGCAGAAGAAGCGGUCGCAGGACAUCGACAAGAUGCUCCGGAACGAAAAGAAGAAGAUGGCCAAGCAGACCACCCUCCUCAUGCUCGGAUCGGGCCAGUCGGGCAAGUCCACCUUCUGUAAGCAGAUGAAGAUCCUGCACAUGUUCGGGUUCUCCGAGCGGGAGAAGCAGAACUACAAGGCCAUCAUCCACACCAACAUCAUCGACUCCACUCUCGACCUCAUCCACGCCGCUCACCAACACUCCUUCAACUUCUCCGACUCCAAUGUCGAUGCUCUCGGACACAAACUGUACGACGCCUACCGGGUCAAGAAGAGCGUGGCGAUGGAGGAAAUCGAGGUCGCCAACAUGCACGUCAAGACGUAUGCGAUCGACGAGUCGCUGGCUGCAGAAAUUCAAGAGAUCUGGAACGAUGCGGCCACGGACAGUAUCAUCAAACAGGCCAAGGAGCUCGCCGUCCUCGACUCCAUUCCCUACUAUUUGAAGAAGCUGGACGAGAUCGUGUCGAGCCGGUAUGAGCCCAACAACGUGGACAUCCUUCUGGCGCGCCUCCGCACGACCGCCGUUUCCGAGACUACGUUCGAGCACGCCGGGGUCAACUUCAACAUCAUCGACGUCGGCGGCCAGAAGGGCGAAAGGAGCAAGUGGUUGCCCCUCUUCUCCGACGUGACGGCGAUCAUCUACUGCGUGUCAUCGAGCGACUACGAUCUCGUGCUCGAGGAGGACGGCGCAACCAACCGCAUGAUCGACUCGUUCGAGCUGUUCAAGACCAUCGCCAAGCACAGGGCCAUGAGGCACGUGCCCAUCAUCUUGUUCCUCAACAAGAAGGAUCUCUUCGAGAAGAAGAUCCAAGAGGUCGACCUCGCCACGUGUUUCCCCGAAUACAAGGGCGGGAAGAACUACAAGGCGGGCAUCAAGUUCCUCGAGCAGAAGUUCCUGAAGGCGGGGGAGGAGCGGGAGGGCGAGGUCUACGUCCACGUCACGCAGGCCACCGACACCACCAACGUCGAGGUCGUGUGGCAGGCCGUCAAGUCCAUCCUCCUCCGGGACGCACUCGACGCCCUCGGCGGCUUCGGCGGCAGCGUCUAG